ACUUCGACCCACCAGCAUUUCAUUCUCCAACCGUCGAGCUUCCGCAUUACCACUCUGCUUGGACUCCUUCCUCAUCGCCUCGCCCUAGCCUAGGGAAACAUGAAGACCCGCACCAUCGCUACCCUUCUUCCCCUCGUCUUCCUCACCACCACCUGCGGGAAGGACACCGACAGGGUCCGAUCAUCCUCGCCAGCCGCUACACCAACUCUGGUCGAGUACACGACGUCCACGUGCUCUGUUACCAAAGCGAUCACGACUCCUUUCCCUAGCGUCUGGUAUUCGUCCAACUGGACCCAGUAUACGUUCACGACGACGGUGGAUACGGUGGAUUAUGAGUAUGGGUGCAGGUCUUAUUUGGCGACGAAGUGGGUUACGAGUAUGCAUUAGGCAAGGAGAAGAGAGUGUGUAGUGGAUAGGGUUCGAGAGGUGGUUGAGGGACGCAAGGGUGUGA